AUUUGGCUGUACCUUUGUAGCUGUUGCAUAAUUUUGGUUUAAGAGUCUAGAAGCAGGAUCUACUAAUUAAAUUAGUAGUUUUUAGAUUUGAGAAGCCGAAAGAGGCGGCUGGCCGGUAGGGAGGAGAAAAGAGAAAAGGAAAGGAGAGGAGAGGAGAGGAGAGGAUGUCAGGAGCGCAAGGAGCGCAGCCGAAAGAGUCGCUGACGGCGACGACGUAUGAGUCGGUGGGAGGAGGUGAGAACAAGACGAGGACUGAUCCCCGAUCAACCGAGGACGUCGGAGGGAUUCAGAUUGAUAAGCUUCAAGACAAGGUCAAAGAUGCUGCCGGCAAAGGUGGCCCUGUCUUUGGUGCCGGUAAAGAUGAAAACAAACAAGACCUCGGUGUCACCGGCACGGGCACCGGUUAGCCACUUAGCCUGCCCGCCUGCCUUCCUUAUAAAUGUUGUAGCCUUGUAGGGUUCCUUCCGUGUAGGACUACUGUAUAUGUUUGUACUUUUAUGAAUCUCUAGUUUGUUUUGUAUCAUCCUCUUCCAAAGCAUAAUUAGAGUUAAUCAAAUUUAACUCCAAAGUUAAUUUAGUUGGCAA